UAUAGUGUGAUCAAUGUAAAACUGUUUAUCUUUAGAGCAGAUCUGGUUUGUCUACCACUGAUUGAAAAUUUAGCUGGUGUUUCCAUGCCUACAGGUUCAAGAGUGAUGACAAGGGCCAGAUUUAUGAAUUCUUAUUAUAUUUUAACCAUUCAAAAUUGGUUGUUUAGUUUCAAAUGAAACUUUUCAGAGUUCUCAUUCCAUCAGUCUUUCCAUUUUUGCAGUGCACUCCCACCCUUUACCUCAUCAACCUCUUCCGCAUUUGUGCCGUUUGAAGAUUCUUCUUUGUUCCAGUUAACCCCAAUGCAUCACCUUAGAACACGACAGUCGAAUCAGUUCUUUUUUUCCCCUCUCGCUCUACCUGUGAUGUCCUCUCUGCACCGGCAAGAUCAGACCGUCUGCAUCUCUAAUCAGUUAGAGAGCGGUAGAGAGAGAGGGGAGAGUGUGAGAGAGGCGAGAGAGGAAAGGGUAAGGCGAGGAGGGGUGAUUACGUGGAGCGGCGCCCCAUACGGCAGCCCUGCAGUGCGAUCUGGAAAGAAGGGGGCUCGUGGAUCGGCUGCGCACAGAGCGAAAGAGACGAGGACUGCCAGGGUGUGCAAAAGAGCAGGGAUGAGACCUAAGGUUUAGAGACAGUGAGAGGGGAGGAGAAGGGAGGGAGGGGGGCAUGAUCUUUGCUUCCAGUCGUGGGGGGAGGACAGCAGCGACAGUGGCAGUGGAAGAUCGAGGCAGGUCCGGAAAGCGGCCGGGACGUCAUGCCCUGUGAGCAGUGAGGCGCUCGGUGCGCCCCCCGCAACCGCCAUUCCAGCAGGGGUGGGCAUGCAGCAAAGCGGCGGAGAAGCCAGGUGGGCUGCGGCGCGCUUCUCCUUCUCCCCGUCAUCGUCGCUGACGCUCCGGGGGACGAGCGCCGUCGUGUGAAUGCCUACCAGGACUCCCCCUCGGGAUUAUGAAUUGAGGAGUUGUGGACACCAGUGGGAUUUUACAAAUUCGUCUACCUGCCUGUUUAACCUUUGUGGCCCCCCGUUCCCCAAGCUGCCCCUUGAAAAUGAUCACCGGUACCUCAAGUGUACUUUAAGAAUGCUGCUACCUUGCUCGUACGAGCCGUGCCCUAGCUCUCAAAGCGCUUGACCAAUGAAGCCAUGGGACUCAGCCAGAGCUUUACAAAUGGGGCGUGCGGCAAAGCCCUGGACCAGCCGGUGGGCGAGUGGCUGGAGCGUGCCGGGCUGCCGCAGUACGAGGGCAAGUUCCUGCUCAACGGCUUCGACGACCUGCGCUUCAUGGGAAGUAACGUGAUGGAGGACCAGGAUCUCCGAGACAUCGGGAUCACCGACCCGGGACACAGGAAGAAAAUCCUGCACGCGGCACGCGGAUUGCCCAAGGUCAAAGCUCUGGGCUGUGACGGUAGCACGUCUUUGGCCUCAUGGCUGGAUGGCCUGGGCCUGCAUGAGUAUCUGCCCAACUUCCUUUCUAGUGGCUACCGCACGCUGGAGUGUGUCAAGAACCUGUGGGAGCUGGAGAUCAUCAAUGUCAUCAGGGUGGGUCCGCUAGGCCACAGGAAGAGGAUCAUUGCUUCUCUGGCUGAGAGACCCUAUGAGGAGGCCCCUUCCAAGUCCAGACGUCUGUCUCCUAUCAUGUUUCACGACCUCCUGUCCCAGACCACUUGCCCUCUGGGCCAGAUGGACCCCUACACCAGUCGCUCCAUGGACAUGCUGCUGCCCUUGGCCGAGCCUGACCGGCGGCGGCGAGGAGGAGGACUGGAUCACGACUGUAGCGUCUCUUUGCGUUCCUACUGUGAGCGGCCUCGCUCUGUUGACCGACACAGCGAGCGGCACAAAGAAUCUCGCGUGAACCUCCGGCCGCCGAGCCACUCUGCUACCUACGCCACCGUGUCCGCCUGGCACCACCAGCCAGAAAAGCUCAUUCUCGAAGCCUGCGGGUACGAGGCAACUUACUUAGGUUCAAUGAUAAUCAGGGAUCUACGGGGGAUCGAGUCCACACAAGAUGCCUGCGCUAAAAUUAGGAAAUCAAAGGAUUCCAGAAAGGGUCCUGUUGUUAUUCUCUCCAUUACCUACAGGGGGGUCAAGUUCAUUGACGCGGCCACAAAGACCAUAGUCGCAGAGCAUGAGAUUCGAAACAUCUCGUGCGCUGCCCAGGACCCGGACGACCUGUGCACCUUCGCCUACAUCACCAAGGACUUGAAGAGCGGCCACCAUUUCUGUCAUGUCUUCAGUACGGUUGAGGUGACGCAGACGUACGAGAUCAUCCUGACUCUUGGCCAGGCCUUCGAGGUGGCCUACCAGAUGACCGUGCAGUCCAGGCAGAGACACUACGUCCCCCAUUCGUCCUUGGGUUCCGAGGUCAUUGAGACCAAGAGCAGUCGGCCAGUGUCACAGGCGUGGAGCAGCAUGAGGAGAUCGGCAGCUGCCCCCGUGCUCGAAUGCCGCUGCUGUCACUGUCACACGUGCACCACUCACCGUCCCACCUUCCUCCCGUUGCACUCCGUUAGCCCCGGAGUCCAGGUCCUUUUCUUUCCUUGCCUCUACUCACCCACCCGCUGCCAUCGAACACCUGCUCACGCAGCCCCUCCCCAGCCGUCCCGCUCAUCUUCCUUUCCCGCCACUGCACAGUCCAUCUCCCUCUCGCACCUGUCAUCGCCAUCUUACCUCAUGGACGCCGUGAACGCAAGUGUUGCAGUUUAGCUGAACGAAAGGGUUCCGGAUCAUGUUUGGUGGAUGUUUUCUUUCAUUUGAAUCAGAAGGUGAAUGACUGGGAUAUGUGGUCAGCAUGUUUUUGCCAAAAAACCAUCUAUAGGUUGGACUCGCUGUUUGAAUUAAAAUAGUUUCUCUAUUCAAAAAACUACAGGUUCACAUAAAGAAGGAAAUUGACAGCCAUCCAUUUUCUUGUCCCCGGAGUCAUAGGGUAUCUGGAGCCCAUCUCGGUGCUGUAUUGUACGCCAGCCAAUCGUAGGACAGACAUAGAUAGAUAAUUAUGGCCAAUUUAGCCCUCACUGGGAACGUAAAACGAAGUCAAAGCCGGAGAAAAAAACACAGUCACGAGCGACCCCAAAAUGUGACUCAAACCCAGACAUCCAAACCAAUACUAUGUAUGCCAUGCUAUUUUUUUAGGAAUUCUCCAUUGACCAUCAAUCCAUCUCAGCAUUUUAAAAAGAUACAGUGAAGAAAAUAAGUAUUUGAACACCCUGCAAUUUUGUUGCCUGGCACCGCCAGACUAUUCUCCCUGUAUUUUUCAAACACUGUGGGAAAUAAUCUGGGACCCAGACCAUUAACGGCCUCUCGAACAAGUACAAAAUCAACCGUCCAAUAAGAUUUGGUUAUUUGCGUGACGUGUUCUUAAUGAGGCACGUCACUCUUGCGCGCCGAAAGUCAUCUCUACAACAACAGAGAUGGCGAACGGGAGAGCCGAGAAUAUGUUCCAAUCCGCGGUAAAACCAGUUUUAAAUUACCAAAAACACAUCGACACAAGUCAUUGACAACAGUCAACAUGGCUCGCGCUAGCCAUGUUGAAUUUUGCAAGUUCUCCCACUUACAAGUCAUGGAGGGGUCUGAAAUUUUCAUCGUAGGUGCAUGUCCACUAUGAGAGAGAUCAUCUAAAAAGGAAAAUCCAGAAAUAACAAUGUAUGAUUUUUUUAACAAUUUUUUGUGUGUGAUAUAGCUGCAAAAAAAAAAGGAUUCGAACACCUGAGAAAACAAAUGUUAAUAUUUAGUACUGUAACCUUUGUUUGUAAUUACAGAGGUUAAAUGUCUCCUGUAGUUUUUGGCCCACCCAUCAGUCAGGAAACACGGAGUUUGAGCUCCCUCCAAAGGUUUUCUAUUGGGUUUAGGUCUGGAGACCAGCUAGGCCAUGCUACAACCUUGUUAACCUUGUUAUGUUUCUUACGGAGCCACUCCUUGGUUUUCCAUGCUGCGUGCGUCGGGUCGUUGACAUGUUGGAAGACCUAGGCACAGCCCGUCUUCAAUGCUCUGACUGAAGGAAGGUGGUUGUUCAGCAAAAUCUCACAAUAUGGGGUCCCAGUUAUCCUCUCUUUAAUACAGUGCACUCGUCCUGUGCCCUUCGCAGAAAAACACCCCCAAAGCAAUGAUGCUACCACCCCCAUGCUUUACAGUAGAGAUGGUGUUCUUGAGAUAGUACUCAUCAUUCUUCAAACACAGUUAAUUACGGUGGAAUUAUGACCAAAAGGUUCUAUUUUACUCUCAUCUGACCACAAAACUUGCUCCCAUGACUCCUCUGCAUUAUCCAAAUGGUCAUAGGCAAACUUAAGACGGGCCUUGACAUGUGCUGAUUUAAGCAGGGGGACCUUCCGUGACAUGAAUGAUUUCAAACCAUGACGCCUUAGUGUAUUACCAACAGUAACCUUGGAAAUCGCAGUCCCAGCUCUUUUCAGGUCAUUGGCCAACUCCUGCCGUGUAGUUCUGGGCUGAUUCCUCACCUUUCUUAGGCUCAUUGAGACACCACGAGGUGAUAUCUUACAUGGGCCUCCACUUUGCUUGAGAUUGACCGUCAUAUUUAGCUUCCUCCAUUUUGUAAUGAUUAGGGAUGGGAAUUGAUAGGAUUUUUACGAUUACGAUUCCAUUAUCUAUAUUGCUUAACGAUUCGAUUCUUUAUCAAUUCUCUUAUCGAUUCUAAUUUGGGGAAAAAGAAGAACAAACGUUUUGAUUGGCAUUGAGUUUGUUUAAUCAGAAGUCACAACCUUAAAAACUCACAACAAGGUCAAAAGAGGCCCAAAGCCUCAAUAUUAACUGUGGCAAUAAGUGGCAAAUGCACAAGAAUGUAACAUCUUACUGAAACAUUUUCUAAUAGAAAUAAAAAAUAUUGGUAUAUAUUGGCAUAUAGGUCGUUGGUCUGCCGUUAGCAAUAUGUGUUAAACUUGCAGGGGUCCCCAAACUUUUUCCAAACUUUUCCCAUCUCUGAUGAGGGGCCGGGGUCAGUUUGUUACAGAAAAAGUGUGACGAUUGCAGGAGUGCCUAAAUGUAAAAAAAUAUUGUUUUUAGUUUCACUCUUCAAGUGAUGGUUGAAUAAAGUCAGCAAAUUAUACCAACGUCUUCUGUAUCGUCAUUUCGGAGUUUAGCUAGCUGUAUAGCUGUCUCGGUGAGGACAGUGCAGUCUAUUCCCUCCCGAUGCAGUUAUCUCCACCUUCCCUCCCGAUGCAGUUAUCUCCACCUUGCAAUGAUUGCAAGUCGUUUUGUUGUAAUUUUUCCUCGUGAAGUGAAGACACACUUUCGAGCGUUUGAACCUACGUGCUGUCAUUGUUAUGUUUACGGCUGCAAUGCUCGUGCUAAACCAUCGUAACCUUUCAUUUUCACCCUCUUUCCUGGUGAAGUGUAGCCAAACUUUGGAGCGGGUGGUUCUUGGCGCCAUGCUAGUUUGAUGUGUUUGGACAACAAGACAGUCACGACGCAAUAUGCGUCUUCGGGACUCGUUAAAGGGAUCGUUAAGGCUUUUUCAUUGUGAUGUCGAGGCCUCAAAACACUAGGAACCGGUUCCGAAUUGAAAUCGGAUUUCGAUUCCCAUCCCUAGUAAUGAUUGCUCCAACAGUGGAACUUUUUUCACCAAGCUGCUUGGCAAUUGCUCCGUAGGCCUUUUCAGCCUUGUGGAGGUGAACAAUUUUGUCUCUGGUGUCUUUGGACAGAUCUUUGGUCUUGACCAUGUUACAAGUUUGAGUCAGACUGAUUGUAUGGAGUGGACAGGUGUCUUUAUGCUGCUAUCCACCUUAAACAAGUGCAUCUGAUUCAGGAUAACACAUGAAGUGGAGGCGGACUUUUAAUAGGUGGACUAACAGGUCUUUCACGGUCAGAAUUCUAGCUGAUGUCAAAAAACUUAUUUAAAGCUGUAUCACACAAAUAAAUUGUUUAAAAAAAUAAUGCAUUGUGAUUGAUGAACUUUUCUUUUUAGAUUAUCUCUCUCACAGUGGACAUGCACCUAGGAUGAAAAUUUCAGACUCCUCCAUGUUUUCUAAGACGGAGAACUUAGAGAGCAAAAUAGCAGGGUAUUCAAAUACUUAUUUUCCUCACUGCAUUUAUUUCAAAACAACAGAACAGUAACAAGCAAUAAGACAAGAUACUAAAAUCAACAAAAUCUCAUUAGUUUAAUGCCAAGAACUAGAAAUCAGUUUUAAGGUGGGUUUUACACUUGGACAGCAUGUUUCCAUUGUUUGCAACCAGUGACAGAAACAUGUUUGCCUAAACUUCAGUACAUCCAGGAGCAGCUACUCAGCGAGUGAGACAGCGAAAUUCACAUUUGAGGUCAAACCUGACUAUAUUCACACAGUCAGGGUUGAUGCCCAAAACAGACUUUAAAAAUUUUUUUUUUUUAAAUCAUAAGGGAAUAAGGGAAUGCGCAUGUGACAUCACACACAUGCACACUUUAACACGCCGCCACUUGUUACAGUGUUUACAUUACAGUGGCAGAUGCUGGUCUUUCAAUGAGAAGCUCAAAGUGUGUCUGCCUGUGACUGCGUUGUGACAGUGGAGGGGCUCAGUGGCACCCGCAUCUCUAUAGGGAAAGAAGCUUUUGUGACAGAAUUCAGUUUCCAAACAAAAGUGGCUACAAUAGAAAAAACACCAGAAAUAGAAACUCGAUUUUUCGCUAGUCCUGUUUAACAAUGAACGUGUUACUAGGAUGAUUAGGAAAGUGUCUGGUUAAUCUCAGAACAACAGAAGGAACUAUGAAAAAUGCCUACCGCGAAUGUUAACACGAAAAAAAUCGCUGAUUGGCUCAAAAGGGAAUUCAGCCCUCAGACAUAUCAUCCAAUCAUCAUGCAGAGAAGCAGAGCAUCUGGGCAAGCCGAGCCCCGCCCACUGCCCAUAGACCUUCAGAGACGCAUAGCGUCCAAUGGGCAAGACAAACCCAGCCAUUAGAAAAUGACUCGUUUCGUUUCACUGUAGUGGAACAAUGCACUCUCAACACCGGGGACGCACAGUGUCCACUUUGUUUAAAGGACUGUGAAGCUGCGCGAAUGAAUGAAAAGCCAGCCGCGUCGUAACCGAUAAGAAAUUUCUGAACAAAACAAUUCUGAACAAAGGUUGAGCAAACUGUAGUGCACAUUUAGUCAAUGGCAUGUACAUAUAACAGUAUACAUCACUUAUAUUUUACAUUUAAGGGGACAUUGAGCUUCCGUUGCAGUCUUAGAGCAAUCACUUCUGUUACGGAAGUAUGGCGAGGUCUCGGCCAUCAUGCUUUUGUGGCAACUUUUGAGAAUUUUAUGCUACCGGAGACAACAUUUUUUAAAAAAAAUUUCUGUGCCUUCGCCAACCAUCACUCGUUUGCAUUUCAUUGUUUUGUUGAACAGUGGAAACAUGUCACUUUUUCAUUAAAUACAGGUCACAUUCAUGCAGCUAUGCAUUCAUAAUCCAGAGGUGCCGGAUAGAGAUCCAGUCUUUAUCCACAUAGGAAUGAUUCCAGAUCAGAUAUGAAAAAUAUGGAAAAGGACAAUUCAAACUGCCUGAGAAAAAAAUUGAUGCAUGUCACAUAUGGACAACAAAAUCGGAAUUGACCUACAUUGAUAACAAAGCCUCUGAUUUGUUUGCCCAUUUGUGAUAGUAACAGAUUUUUUCAUGCAUUGUGAACUUUAUAGUAUAAACGUGACCUACACGUCAUCAACAGGUGAUACCUUUUCCUUGUUGGCUCCAGUGGCAUAAAUUCCUUAAACUUGCCACAAAAUCAUGAUGUCGGAGACCUCACGAAGACACCGCUCUUACUCACUUGAACACAGCGACACGUGACGACAUGACAUUCCAUUCACUUACAAGUUGUAUUGGGUUUUGCAAUUUCAACGGCUUCACGCAAAAAAAUAUAAUUCAAUGAAAACUUUGAAUUGGGCAUCACACAUUGUGGUGCGAAUGGGGCCUUGGAGACAUAAGCAGAGACCAUUUAGAAAUUUGCAACCAAACAGCAACUUAUACAAAUUAUUUCUAAAGUGCAAAGGCCAUAAAGUCUAGAAAACUAAUUGGUUAUUUUGAGCCAAAUUGAGAUUUUUAAAGAAGGACAGUGUGAUAUCAAUGUCAAGUGUAUUAGAGUACGAUAAUCCAACUAGAUGUACUGAAGACAGGUUUUUGUUCAAAGUUCUACCAUGUAAGAAAAUGUUUCACCUAUGCUAGCUGCUGAGCGUGAUAAAAGUUGGAACGUUUUGCCCAUCCAAAAUGGUUUAAACUAAUUCGCUGCCAUUGAUGGCAAUAGCCCAUUUGAACUGGAAGAUUUGGCAGUGAAUGCAGACAAUGACAGCCAUAAAAUAUAGCACUUAUCCUCGUUAGGAUCAUCACUGUUUUGGCAAUUUUUCAUUGAAAGUAUAUUCAAAACUUUCAGGUAUACAAACUAGAGGUUGACCUAUAUGGUAGCAGGGUUAAAAAAUUCAGCCGAUCCAAAACCGAUUUUGUGAGCCGAUAUUUGAGACCGAUAUAUAUAUAUUUUUAAAGCACGUAGAUUAUGAAAGGUAAUUUUAAAAAAAUUGCUUCAACAGUUUCAAAUUUACAAUGAAGACUUGAGACGUAAAGAGUUAUUUCGGUCUAGUGCUACCAAACCGAAUAACGCAGCACAUCUUUUUAUGAUUAUACACACUCAUCAAGAACUAUUUCAUUAUUUUAUUUUCAAAUAAUUAAACCUUCCCGGACGUCACAACGAGAUGUAAAAAAAUGAGAGUGUUUAAGAGGAUGCUCGCCAUGUUAAUGCUAAGGCGAAUGCUACGCUAAUGCUGCGAGCUAUAUUUAAAGUGUAAGGAUCACUCAGUAAACACCUGAAAAAAGGCUAAAGCAACAUUAUAUAUUCUCUCAUGCAAGCUAUAAAUAAAUCUUACAAUAUUUACAAAACAGGAAAGCCUGAAGCAUCCUGUAGCAGCAUGCAUUUACGCUGCUGCAGGGUCCUUCCGCUGUCCACACGGAUGCCUGAUCAAAACCCUUUUUUAUCGGCUUGUUCUUUCUGUUAAUCGGCCGGCCGAUGUUGAAAAAAGUCCAUAUAUCGGCCGGCCGAUACAUAUAUAUAUAUAUUGGUCGACCCCUAAUCAGGGGUGAAAGUGGCCAGAAUUUCUUGCAGGAACUCCCCGACGUGAAGGCUGCCACAGAGCCAGAAAUUUUGUCUUUUUAUUUUAUAAAAAUAAAAAGACAGGCAAACCUCCUAAAACUACUAAAAUGUAAAGAAAACUGUUUUGGCACAGUUAUUUCUAUAACACAUACAAAAACUGAUUUUCAUUCAAAAUUGUAUUUUUUCAAUGAUUUGCAAAAUAAAAGUUAACAAAAACAGCAAUAACCCCAACCUCCAUCUCCUAAUUUUUAUUUUCCCUCAUCUCCUCAAAUACUGAAUGCCAAAUCUCAAUUUUAACUACUUAGGAACAUAGGAUGUAUAUUAAAAUUAAAGUUAAUGUAAACAUUUCCUUUUUUUUUUUUUUUUUUUUUAAUAAUAAAGAUAUAAGUAACAUACAUUCAGAAAACAAUUGACUUAUAUUAUGCAGAGUGAAAUGGAAUAUAUUUUGAAGAUGGCGCAACAUUGAUUUUUUUAAAUCAUAAGGAAAUUAAUAAGUAGCCUAACAUAAAUGAACAAAUUUAAGUCCAAAGUGCACAUUGACAGCUAAGAUGUUCUCCCCAUCAGAGCAAAUAAAACUAAACAUGAAUAAUAAGCCUCCUCAACUCUUUCCUUCCUCUUAAAGAUUUGAUCCAUUUUCUGCUGCAUCGCUCUUUUUUUGUCGCAUCAAUUCAAAAAACUUGUUGUUGUUGUUGCUGUUUCAGAAAACAUACGCUGGCUAGCUAGCUAUCUCUGCUGAUCACAUGUCAGUAUGUCAGCCAAUUGAACCGAUAAAUGAGUCCAGGCGUUUUGCUUUGCUGUGUGCAUUCGCACAUUGACGUGACUCAUCAUCGUCAGACUCGGAUAACUGCAGCAGCUAGGGAAACCUCCAGGCCGUCCGUGGAAUAAAAUAAAUAAUAAAUAUAGGUGGAAACGGAUUACGCUUCACAAGCACUUUAUUAUGCUUGUUAUUACCACUUGUGCAUGUAAAUCUGAUGUUGGUAGAUUGUUUUCUUCUUGGAGAUGAAAUGCAUUUUCAAAUUUUUUUUUUACAUAACGUUUUGACAGUUGCCGUCAUAUUUUUGGAAUCGAAGCAUCGUGUACCGGAACAGCAUUCCUGCCCUGACUCUUAUACCGUAACUGCGUUCCUGCCCUGAAUCUUAUACCGGAACUGUGUUCUUGACCGUUCUGGCCCACUUUCACCCCUGCCCCUAAUACAAACAGAACAGGGUUUCCUACCCACCAGAAUGUAUAUGAUUAAAGUAUAUCCUUUAAAUGAGCUCCAAAAGCCAGUUAACCUUCCCGCAGUAAUGCGUUUUAUGGCCUCCAAAUUUCAGCAGAAGGCAAACAGUAAAAAAUGAACUAAGUGUGAAGAACUAAGUGUGUCUUAACUAACAAAGACAUAGGCAAAUGAUGAGCAUACAAGAGCACGUCAGGAUCAGAAAUUAAUCCAAAUAUUCCCAAGCAACCCUUCAAACUCACACGUUUGGAAAAUUUCAGGUCUUAAAACCCAGGACUCUAAUACAGAUGUGCAAAUCACUCUCACGCUAUUCUGUUCAUUCUCAACUGUUGUUUGUGUCUUUGGGUUAUUUUGGUCGUGUUUGCGUUGGCUCACGGCGGCGGCCCGCAGUGCCCGUCUGUCAUCCAUGUGGUGGAUCGAGCCUCCGAGAGUCCGCGAUCGGUCGCUGAUCGAUCGCCGGGCCGUGUGGGGGAAGCCUCCUCCGCUGACGCCCGUCUCACGCACUCCCUCUCGCCCCUUCCUCCCUACCCCCUCUUCCCCUCUUCCUCCUCCUCC